UUUUAUUUCUCUGCUUCGGUCGUGACGGGAUUCGAAGAGAACAGCUCAUCUUGGGCUUGCUGGUUUACCAUCAACGUUGAAGAAAGUGGUCGGAGGGGUAAUUGAAGUGUGUGUGGUGUGGUGAAGUGAAGCGCAAGUGAACAGUAGUGGACGAUGUCGGACGGAAGUGUGGAACGUGCUGGCAGCAGACGUAACGAAGAAGAAUUGGCGAGCAAGCAGCUCAACAUUCAGUACAAGAGAUAUUAUGUGGACGUCAAACAAAACAAUCGUGGACGUUUCAUCAAAAUUGCUGAGAUGGGAUCGAACUACAAGUCGCGCCUUGUGCUGACAAUGACAGCUGCGGUGCAGUUGUGUGAGCAGCUUGGUGAAAUGAUUAAGUUCAGUGAGACAUUACCCGAGGGGACUGAGGCGACUGCCGAGAAUGGGGCACUCAAGUCUGAGGUGCUUGCAUUCGAUUCGAGGCGUUAUUACCUAGAUCUGAAAGAGAAUCAGCGCGGGCGCUUUCUCCGUAUUGCACAGACAGUCGCGAAUCCGCGCAUGAGCCGUGCUCAGAUUGCAAUCCCAGCUCAGGGAAUGGUUGAGAUGCGAGACACCUUGCAUGAGAUGUUGGAAAAAUAUUCCGAAGGUUACUUGAAUGAUGGAAACAACACAGACGCGAGCAAGACCAAGCAAUUAACCGCGGAUAAUAACAAGACCUUCUACUUCGAUGUAGGAAAGAACGAUCGCGGAACGUUUGUUCGCGUGACUGAGGUGAAGCAGCCAACCGGCUAUCGUACUUCGAUAACUAUCCCUCAGUCUGCUUUGGACAAGUUCCGUCAUCUGCUCGAUGAUGUGAUCGAGGAUUUGGCAGCGCCAGCGGCAAAGGCGCAGGUGGGAGAGGGCGAUGCCUAAGGGGAGGUGGCGUCAUCGAGUGAAGAAGACGGCGAUUUUUCUACUCUUUUAGUACUCUCUACCUCAUUUUCCCGUAAAGUUCCCUGUAUAGUAUUCUAUUCUUUUUAGCCCGUUUCAAAGGUGUUCGGUGUUUACUUAUUUUAUCAUCCCGGUAAUUAUCACUCCCUAUCCGGUUUAUGUAGUUCUAGUUUUGUUUCUGUCACUUUGUUGCUUGUUACUGCUGCUUAAGAUCUCGUACAUCAGACGUGAUUAAUCAAAAACAGGAAAAUCAGCUUCGAGUACGAGGUCAUAUUGCCGCUCCUCUUCCUCAUAUUCCUAUUCUCGCUCUCCUCCUUUCCCAGCAAUCGCCAACCUGCGCUGUGUCUAACACUUUUUUCUCAGUUAUGUUUGUGUAUGCAAUACCUUAUAGAGUCUCCUUAUGUAAGCAUUUUUCCCUUUACUGGUAGAAAUAGUGUUGUUUUGUUUAUCUUCUAUCUUUUUCGUAGUGUUGGCAUAAUAAAUCGUGACUUAA